CUGGGAUCCCCGCUGCUCCACCGAGCCGCACCGCAUUUGUGAUCCCCUCUUCUGAGAGACCAUGAUGGGGCACCACGACGCCCUCCUGGUCCUCCUGACAGCGGCUUCCUUCUGCCAUCUGUCCACCUCCAGGGCCAUAAACACCUCCGGAGAUGUCGACAUCCCAAACGGAGUCGCUCCGCUCAGAGACCAGGACACGGGACCGAUGCAGAAAGAAGAUGUGGAGGAGGAGGAGGACGAGCUCUUCAAAGACGUGGAUCCCAAAACACUGGCGGCGGUUUUACUGGAGGCUCUGAAUCACUCACGAGCGGAACGAAGAGGAGAGGGAGAGGAGCGCGACGGGAUGGAGCGAGAAACGAAGGCUGAGACGAAGGAGGUUAAAGAAGACGAAGGGGGCCGAGAAGUGAGAACAAAGGAGGGGGCCGACAGAGACAGAGACGGGCGACAGGAGUUGGAGCUGCUGAUGGCUGCGCAGCAGAAGAAGAGAAAGAGAGAGGAGGAAGAUGAGAGGCAGAGAGCUCAAGAGGAAGAAGAGAAGAUGACCGAAAAGGUGACCAGUCGCACCACGAGUCAGGCAUUCCAGGUCCAAGAACGGCAUCCCGCUCGUCAGGAUGGACGAGAGGACGACGGGCAGAAGGGGCCAGACGGCCAUGAGCAAGGCAGCAACGUGGAGGAGGAGGAGGAGGAGGAGGAGCAGCUGAGCCCCGAGGAGCUGAAGAACCUCGAGACGAUAAUGAAGGAGUUUCCUCGUUUGAACGUGGCCACGAAGAGGGAUGGAGACUCGGAGCAGAGCCAGAGAGAGAGCCGAGGCUACAGCAGCUACAACGACGCCAUGUCGGAGAAGAAGCUGAAAUGGAGGGAGGAGACGCAGAAAGGCCUCAACUUCCCGACCUUCAGGGGCGGCAACUUCUUGGACGACUUCGAGGACAGCGGCGCGGCGCGGCCGCAGAAACCGGCGGAGCAGGAGGCGACGGAAGACGACGAACCACGCGAUGAGGAGGAAGAGGAAGACGAGGAGGUGUUGAGUCCCGAGGAGGAAGAGGCUCGGGCCAAAGCGGAGCAGGAGGAGAUGAGGAGGCAGGCGGCCGAGGCACAGAGAGCCAAGAUGGAGGAGGAGAAGCUGGCCGACAUCGCCUCCGACAUGCUGCUGCGCUACAUGGUCAAGCAGAGAGGCGGCAACAAGAAGCACGGCCUGUCCAACGCCGCGGAGGACAAGAGGUCCGAUGAGGAGCAGGAGGAGGACGAUAUCGACCCCCAGACCAUCGACAAGCUCAUCGAGAUCUCCAGCAAGCUCCACCUCCCUGCCGACGACGUGGUGGACAUCAUCAGCGAUGUGGAAAAGAAAAAGAAGAAAGACGUGGCGCCUGAGAUGGCAUCUCGUUGGCAACGACCUCCAACUCCACUAUCCUCCCAGUUCUCGUCAUCCAAUGGUUUCUCAUCGCAGAUGCCGACCAGUCAAAACAUCUUCCCCGUCUCUAAGCAACCGUCUCUGGCUGUCCAUCUCCUCAAAACGUGGUUAGAGGAGAAAUCGCCAACCAAGUCUCAGGAUCUCUGGAGCAAACCUGCCAAGCCUCUGUCAGCCAAUCAGAACCGUUGGCCCAAGCCUCAGAAGCCUCUGUCAAUCAAACCGGACCUCUGGCACAAACCGCCCAAGACAGUUUGGCCCGCCUACCCUUCGUACCCCUACAGAUACCCUUCCUACUACCAGAGGAAGCAGUACCCAGACUACUACCCUAUCUAUUUGGCUCCUCCCCCCAGACCCAAACCCCGGUACUACGUCCCCAAACCGGCUCUCGCCCUCAACAACUUCCUUGAGAACUCCGUGGACGACACCUACUCCUUCCCUCCCAGACGCCGCUACCACAGCUGGGUCCAACCCCGGAUGAGGACCCCGCCCGCGGUCCUCUGGCAGAGGCCUUACUACCCUGGCUACCGGUAUCAGCCGGUACCCAACCUUCGCUCCCCUCUCCGAGCGCCCGUCAUUCCGCCUCAGCAGAAGUAUUAUUACUCCUCUGGCCCGGCGGCAACGACGAGAAACGAAGAUUAUUACGCGAAUAGAAAGCAGCCGGAGAGCAGCAACCGUGACGAUCUGGAGAAAUACAUCCAGCAGAUACUCAGGAAGAGGCCACUGUCGGCCUGAGAGGGGGAUGAGCGGGCGAGAGGAUGGGGGGAAGACGAGAGACGGGCAGAAAGGUAUUUCUUCAUGAUCUUGUGUUGCUCGUGUUCGGUUUAGUUUCACAUAUGUAACGAGUUCCUUUCUCCUAAUGGGUUCUGAUUGGGACGAGGACACUAAGGAGGACUUUACUUUCACUUAGAUGGGAAAAGGACCUGAAAGACAAGACGUCCACACUCCUGACGAUGGGACACGGGACGUAUCCGUUAGAAACAUUCUCUAUGUGGACAAAGGAGGACACGAAUAUGUCGUCAUCUCUACCGACAACUACAGAUCUUUUCUAGAGUCGAGUGCCGGUUCGGAGGCUUCUGGAGCUCCACCGUCUCGACUCAAACAGGGUGUGUGUGUGUGUGUGUGUGGUUACCUCAGGCGGGGGACGUUGGGACAAUAAUUCAUGGACAUAUUAUUCCUGGAAUGACCACCUUCCGUCCGCAUAUUGCACAACAGACUCACCUUAAUGCAUAUACCCAUUCGCUAUCUCCUUUUUUAAUUUUUUAUUAAUACAUUUUGAUAGAAAUGUCUCAUUUUUGUUGUUAUUAUUGGUAUGAAGAUGCAGAUGUAGAAGGAUGUACACUCACACAUACCCACCGAAGCUCUUCAUCAUAAAAUAUAACGCAGCAGAAAGCAUAUUUCAUAAGGAGCCACAAACACCACCAUUAUGGCUCGGAUGACUCAUCCUGGUGCAUAACUUCAAUUACCUUGUUGCUAUGGUGCCAAACCCGGACCAGACUCUGGAUGGCUUUCUUGUGACGCCUUCAGAAGAGGACUCGGUGGUGGAGGCACACACUGCUGGUGUGGUUUAAGAUCUUAUUCUAUGCCACUAAGAGGGUUUCAUACCCCGUCUGAAGCACAAUCAGCAGCCUUAGAAUAAGAGGCCCUCCAUGGUUUGGUCAUCGCGCCCCAAAGUGCCCCUAAAUCCCUAAAAGGUUCCCUUCAGCUAAAUGAAUGAUUUUAUUAUUAUUCAUUUAUUUUCAUUUGGGCUCACAAAUAAAGAUUACUAGCCUGCCGGGGGAGACUCAACAUGCCUCAUUGGGCUCGUCUAGCAACUCGACGUUGCCGCUUGAUAGAGAAUCAAUUUGUAUAGAGACGUGUCAAAAUGGACUAAACCCAACAUUAAUAUGGAGUUUUUCUAAAUGCCACCAAUCAGGUUUUAUUCAUUGGUGAGUGAGAGUUCUGAGCUGAAGCCGGCUGCCUUCUAUGUCUCUCUGACAUCCCCCAAAAUUGCGCUUCAUGUUUUCUUUAGUGCUUUUUAUGAUCCCCGAGCUGGAGUCACUUUAGUAACGGGAGCAGACGACGACGUCACUCUCUGGAGCUGAUCGGAUGUGUUCUUUCAUAUUCAGGUUCAAGUCACAAUUUUCUUUUAACCACAAUGAACGGAUUUUUUGUUAUUGCUUGGAUUGGAUGAGGUGUUAUAAAUAUGAUUGUACAAAAAAGAAAAGUUUUUUUUGAACGUGCAAACAAACGGAGAGUUCCUGUCUUUCCUUGUCUUUACGGCUACUGAUAAUCAGUAAUCAAUAAGCACUUCCUUUUCUCCCCAUUUACCUCUUUCGCCAACGCGUCACUGGGAACCGGAGCAGAUGUUGCUCUCGGUCCGUAUCGUUGACCUUUGUGGUCGUCUGUUGCUACGCGAUGAGCACAUGGCAACGUCUCUGUUGUCGAGCCACAAUCAUGGCGCUGGCGAUCUCACGUGGAUAAAGAAUGUAAACAGGAGGCCAUCAGGAGAAAAAAACAUGUAAAAGAGGGAACAGAGAUGGAAAUACAAAACUACGCUUUUUUAAGAUUUGUAAUCGCUUGUUGUUUUUUCAAGACGGAAGUCCCAGAUUGAGAAAGAGGAGGGGAGAAAAGAGGCUCAGAUAUGAAGAGGCGAGGGUACAGUGUCUGCACGUUUAUGUAUACUUGCAUCUAAAAACUGCUUCUUUGAAGACGUACAAGCAUCAAUUAAAAAAGUAUUACAAAAAUCUAAAGAUGACAGAAACAAUAACGUCGGUGUACCUUGAUCAUCGUGUGAGUCGUGUGUGUGGUCCGUGGUCUCUAGACGUACUCGUUGUAACCGUCGUGAUCAACAUGCGCUGGCUGGAUGUAAAUAUGCGCAUGUCAAUGAAGACUUUUGCUACACAUGAAGAAACAAUAAAG